AUGCAGCAAUUAAGCAAAGAGCAAUAUGGACAACUACUGAGCAUAUUGGAGACCUUUAAGAAUGGAAACAAUGGAGACAAUUCUGGAAAUAUAAGCAUGACUGGAGGAGCUGUCAAUUUUGCAGGUAUGACUGCUUGUCAUUCUUCUAUUGAGUCAAGUAAACAGUCUUAUGAAAGUUUCAAGGAAAAUGCUGAUUCAUGGAUCCUUGACUCAGGAGCUACUAACCAUAUGACCUAUAACAAAGCCUCACUGAGUAAUGUCAAAACCUUAACUUACCCUUUCUUAGUAUUUUUACCAAAUGGUUACAAAGUAAAGGUGACAGGCCUUUCACUGAGGAGGCCUCUGGAGAUUGGUAAGGCUAAAGGCAGCCUCUACCUUCACCAUUCAAGUUCAGGAAAGACACCUAGUGCAUCCAUUUCUCCUCAUGUUUGUGAUGAUAAAAGUGUACAAGAUUUUCUGAAAUCCAAUAAAGGUGCAGAUUCAGUGUACAAUGCAUAUGUCUCUAAUGAAAAUUCUGUGGAUUUCUUGUGGCAUAAUAGGCUGGGCCAUGUGCCUUUUAUCAAAAUAAAGGGAAAGCAGACUGACUUGGCAUCCAGAUAUGAGCAUCUACCUUUUUCUUUUCCUCAUAUAGGUCCUAGCAUGAGUCAUGUUGAUAGUGUUGAUUCUGUUCCCAGUCCUAAUGAAAGUGAUUCUAAUCAACAAUUAAUGUCACCUGGACUUUCAUUUGUCUCUGCACAACCUGAGCAAACUGUAAGACCAACACACAACAGACCUCAAAGAACCCACAAACUCCCUAGCUACUUGAAAGAUUACAUAUGCAAAGCUCCCACUCUCAACAUGAAUGGUGAGACACCAGUAGCAGACAAUAGUCAUAGUUCACCUUCUUUCUCCUUUUACACACAUGUUCCCCAAUUGCAACCUAUUUCUCUCAAUGCACUGAGCACUGAUAGUCAGCAUUUACUUGAGACUCUCUCUAUUGACUGUGAGCCUGAAUCAUAUGAAGAGGCAGCGGCCAUACCUGCCUGGCAACAGGCUAUGAAUCAGGAAUUUGAUGCACUUUACUCAAACCAUACUUGGGAUCUUGUUCCACUUCCCACAGGAAAAAGGGCAAUAGGUUGCAGGUGGGUAUACAAAAUCAAACAUAAGGCAGAUGGCAGUGUAGAGAGAUUCAAAGCUAGGCUAGUUGUUAAGAGUUAUACUCAGCAGGCAGGAAUAGAUUAUAAUGAGCCUUUCUCACCAGUUGUAAAGAUGACUACUGUCAGAACACUAAUUAGCAUAGCAGCAAAGAAGCACUGGGAGAUUUUUCAGCUUGAUGUGAAUAAUGCUUUUUUCAUGGAGAUUUGA